UUGUGUUUGUGUUUCCGGGUCCCGGAAGAUGCUACGACCUCCGUUCCAUUGUUUGCAUUUUAGCUCGUGAUGAGGACGGCGGAGUAAAACGCGCCAGUGUUUAGUUUCAUACCGAAAGAAACAUCAGAAACUACUGCAUGAGGUUUUAAAACCUGAAACGGAGUUACAAAGAGCAGGUCUGUUUUCUUUCUCUGACCGGAAACGUGUUUACUGCUGUUGUUGCAGGGAGUCCGCGCGCUAAGCUAACGUUAGCCGCAGCUAGCUCCUGCUAACGUGUGUUAUCGGAUAUGUUGUGAGCUUCGUAUUUUUACUCAAAUGCAGCUCUGGAAGAAGUUGAGGAGAGACACUUCAACAUGAACUCUGAGAGGAAACUGUCAGCUGGCCAGCGGAGAGAUGUCCAGAAAGUGAUUGUUGGUGAAGAACAUCAGCAGGAGUGGAGCUCCAGUCUGGACCAGGAGGACACAAAGCCCCCACACAUUAAAGAGGAACAGGAGGAACUCUCGAUCAGUCAGGACGGAGAGCAGCUUCAAGGGCUGGAGGACGCUGAUAUCACCAAGUUCCCAUUCACUCUUGUCCCUGUGAAGAGUGAAAAUGAUGAAGAGAAACCUUAUUUCUCACAGCUUCAUCAAAGGCAAACUGAACAGAUGGAAACAGAAGCUGAUGGAGAGGACUAUGGAAGACCAGAACCAGCCAUUAACUCAGAUCCAGAUACACAUUUACAACCAGAUACUGAUGACAAGACUGGAGACUCUUCUGAACCUGAGACUGAUGACAGUGCUGAUUGGAAGGAGACCAGAGAACCUCAGUCAGGUUUAAACUCUCUGAAUAAUGAUACAUUCCCUGUUAGUGAUUCAAGAUGUACUACUGGUGAGGACGAGUGUGGGGAAAGGUUUGGCACCAGUGGACAUCUGAAGAGACACACAAGAUCUCACGCAGGAGAGAAACCAUUUAGCUGCUCAAUCUGUAAGAAAGCUUUUACAGCGAGUGGGAGUUUACAGAAACACAUGAGAAUCCACACAGGAGAGAAACCAUUCAGCUGCUCCGUCUGUAGGAAAGCUUUUAUAGAUAGUGGGCACUUAUAUAGACACAUGAGAAUCCACACAGGAGAGAGACCAUUUAGCUGCUCCGUCUGUAGGAAAGCUUUUAUAGAGAGUGGACAUUUACAGAAACACGUGAGAACCCACACGGGAGAGAGACCAUUUAGCUGCUCAGUCUGUAAGAAAGCUUUUAAACGGAGUGGAGAGUUACAGGCACACAUGAGAAUCCACACAGGAGAGAGACCAUUUAGCUGCUCAGUCUGUAAAAUGGGAUUUACAGUGAGUAGAAGUUUAAAUAGACACAUGAGAGCCCAACACGUGAGUGUUACACAGUCCCCCCCUUGUUUUGCUUCUCCCCGUCUGCUCUACUGAGGUGAUCCUGAUUUGAUUGCUAGUGGGUGGCUCCGCCUCCUGUACUCAAGGCUUCACCAGUGUGUUGGUGGUCCCGACCAGGCUAUGGGCCGUUCCGUUAAGCACUGUUAUUAUUUAAAGUUGUGACUAUUAUUUUAAUAAUUAUUCAUGUGACAGCCAUUGUUGCUGCUAAAUUGCUGUAUGAAAACUGCUGUUUGUAUUGCUAUAUUAUGGCAGUUGUUUGGAUACUUAAAAAAAGGCUGAUAAAGUUGCAAAUGUGUUUUAAAUGGAGUCACUGGUGAAGGGCAAUAUAUAAAGUCCUAUACAUGUCUGUUUCUAUAGGGAUUCGAACAAGGGCAGACUGCUCAGAAGACCUAUACUGCCUUUAAUUAUUUUAGUCGAUUUAUUUCUUUUUGUAUUCUUUAACAAUAAAGGAUCAUCAUGUAUGUUACUA